CCUCGGGAAUUCUCAACUCGCAUUGUCCUCGGACGGAGACUGGCCUCACCAGUACUUCCAAACUCCCGGUCCUGUGCACCAGUGAGGCCUGGCUCCUACGAUUCUUUCCUGAGGAAAUUUGGAAGUCAAGGACUGUUUCCGGGGGGAGCUGAGAAGGCAACGCUCACUUCCGCCGGAGGGAGGUUUUCUGACCCGGGAUGGAGGAGGCGCAGGAGCUGCUCUUGGAGAGGGAGAGCCUGCGGUUGGCUCCCGACCCACGCCUGGGCCCGGACUCGGGAUGGAGCCCUUCCAGAGACGGCUGUGCACAGGGACUCCGAGACUUCUCGCCCCGACCGACCCGAGGCAUCCUCGCUCUGGAGAGCCUCCCGCGGGGCUUGGCCCUUGGCCCCUCACUCACCGAGGAACAGCGCUUGGGGGUCUGGUGUGUCGGGGAACCCUUGCAGCCGGGACUGCGCUGGGGGCCACUGGAAGAGGAGCUUGUCUCCGAGCAGAAGGGUGAUGGAGUGAAAACAAAGCAGAAGGAGGAUGUGUCGCUAGGCCCGUGGGAAGACGUGUGUGCUUGUGAGCAGAGCUCAGGCUGGACUAGUUUUGUGCAGCGGGGCAGGCUGGAGGGUGAGGGAAACGUGGCCCCAGUGCGAAUCAGCGAGAGGCUCCACCUGGAGGUGUACCGGGUCGUGCUGCCAGGUUUUGAGCUGCUGAUGUGGCCCCAGCCUCCCUCCGAGGGCCUGAGCCCCACCCAGCCCAGCCUAGAGGAGGAGGCAUCUUUGACUGUGGUGACAGAAGUGGAGUCUGCUGUACGACAGGAAGUGGCCUCCCCCGGAGAGGAUGCAGCAGAACCUUGCCCAGAUCCUGGUCACCAGUCAUCUCCCAACAUCCAGGUAGAGAGUAUGGUGAACCCUAGACUUAAACCCCAAACCCAGGACCAAGUUUCCAAGGAAAGCCAACCACUCAGCCCAUUGCCUCAGGAUGGCAGUGUGGACGAGGAGGACCUAGCCCAGACCGAGAUGUCCCCUGAACCUCAGAGCAGCUCUGCCCCCCAGCAGGGCCUUAAGAGCAGUGAGGCCAGUUCCUCAUCUCCUGCCAGGGGCCCACAGCUGCGUGCUUACCUGCUCAAGAAGUUGUGUAGCCCCAGUGAUCAACGCCUACCCAGAGCCAAGACCUCAGAGCCCCGGGCCCGGCAGACUAGAGAGCAGCAGCAGCCUGGCUUCCCCGCAUGCUCACGGAGCCCCCCUGGCCCGGCGGGAGGCUCCCCACAACAGGGGCGACGGUACCGCUGUGGGGAGUGUGGCAAGGCCUUCCUGCAGCUGUGCCAUCUGAAGAAGCACGCGUUCGUACACACGGGCCACAAGCCCUUUCUUUGCACCGAGUGUGGCAAGAGCUACAGCUCAGAGGAGAGCUUCAGAGCCCACGUGCUGGGCCACCGCGGGGUGCGGCCCUUCCCCUGCCCGCAGUGCGACAAGGCCUACGGCACUCGGCGAGACCUCAGGGAGCACCAGGUGGUACAUUCGGGUGCCCGGCCCUUCACGUGCGACCAGUGCGGCAAGGCCUUCGCCCGCCGGCCCUCCCUGCGGCUGCAUCGCAAGACGCACCAGGUGCCGGCGGCCCCCACCCCGUGCCCUUGCCCGGUGUGCGGGCGGCCCCUGGCCAACCAGGGCUCCCUGCGGAACCACAUGCGGCUGCACACAGGCGAGAAGCCCUUCCCGUGCCCCCACUGCGGCCGGGCGUUCCGCCAGCGGGGCAGCCUGCGCGGGCACCUGCGGCUGCACACCGGGGAGCGCCCGCACCGCUGCCCGCACUGCGCAGCCGCCUUCCCCCAGCCGUCCGAGCUGCGUCGCCACCUCAUCUCCCACACGGGGGAGGCCCACCUGUGCCCUGUGUGCGGGAAGGCCCUGCGGGACCCGCACACGCUGCGUGCUCACGAGCGCCUGCACUCGGGGGAGAGGCCCUUCUCGUGCCCACAGUGCGGCCGUGCGUACACGCUGGCCACCAAGCUGAGGCGCCACCUCAAAUCCCACCUGGCCGACAGGCCCCACCGCUGCCCCACCUGUGGCAUGGGCUACACGCUCCUCCAGAGCCUCAGGCGGCACCAGCUCAGCCACCAGCCCGGGGCACGCUCCAGCCCACCCCGUGUGCCGCCUGCCGCUUCUGAGCCCACUGUCGUGCUCCUGCAGACCGAGCCAGAGCUGCCGGAUGCAGGCAGCGAACAGGGCCGCUCCCCGGCCCGGGAUUUCUUCGAAGUCACCAUCUCUGAGAGCCAGGACAAGUGCUUUGUGGUGCCCGAGGAGCCAGGUCCUGCCCCCAGCCUGGUGCUCAUCCAUAAGGACGUGGGCUUCAGCACCUGGGCAGAAGUGGUGGCGCUGGAGACGGGCAUCUGACACCUUCGCCUCCCCAGCAGAGCUCUGUGUAACGACUGGCGCUGCUGA